AUGGCCAUGGCCAACCCUCCACCUGUGGCGAGGCAGAGGAUUUUGUGGUGCGAUGUUCCAAAGAUGUGGCCAUUGGCUCUGAAUUGUCCCCUGGCAUUUGGGCGAGGAACGUUUAAAUCCUAUGGCGAGCAUUCUGAUGCGGAGCUCUUGCGAACCUAUGGCUUUGUUGAGAUGGGCAGAUCCAAUCCCAACAAUGUGUUGGUGGCUACCCAGCAGGAGCUGCUAGAGGCGUGUCGUCCAAGUUCUAUUGGCAACGAAGCGGAGCGUUUGGCCCGAGUGCAAAACCUCUUGAAACCUGUGUAUGCGAUCCCUGCCUCUGGUGUGCUGCCUGCUGAGCUGCUCACGGUGGUGCAGGUGAUCCUGAUGAGCCAGACAGAUUAUCAAGAGUUCCACGACUCAGAUCUCCAAGUGUUGGGGAAAAAAUUUCACGCUCGCGGCAGCGUGCAUGGGCAGAAGGUGACCGUGUGUCUCCUAGGUCUGUUGUCCAAGCUCAAGCAGCGCGUAGCUACGGACCCCACGGGGGAGUCAGACCGCGCCAAGCUGAGCCGUGCUGUGCGAUCAGGAGAGCUGCUGGUGCUGCAGGAGGUGCAGUGCUACAUCUUGACGCAUUUGGCGCCUGUGGAAUCUCGAAAGCGAAAAGCCAAAGCGAAGGUUGCUGCAAAGAAGGUGUCAAAGAGCACCAGUACAGCGACGUCGAGUAAAGAUGGUGGCUGA